GGGCGGCCGGUGGGGCCUCCAGGCUGCGCUUCGGGCUCCCAGUGGCCUCGAGUGUAUGUCCAGACGGGAGCCCACCGGACGGAGGGGCGCCUCGGCGCCGGGAACAUUUCUUUCUCCCGCAGCCCGCACGUGAGACCAGAAGCCGCCGGCGCAGAGAGCUCACGCGCUUCGCAGCGCCCCCGGAAGAAGAAGCUGGGAGGAUAAAAGAUUGCUGGGACAACCAGGAAGCACCCGCACUCUCCACGUGUAGCAAUGCCAAUAUCUUUCGAAGGAUAAAUGCCAUAUUGGAUAAUUCUCUGGAUUUCAGUAGAGUCUGCACUACACCCAUAAACCGAGGAAUUCAUGAUCAUUUGCCAGCAGACUUCCAGGACUCUGAAGAAACAGUUGCAAGCAGGAUGCUUUUCCCCACCUCUGCGCAAGAUUCUUCCCGGGGCCUCCCAGAUGCAAAUGACUUGUGCCUUGGCCUGCAGUCCCUCAGUCUCACAGGCUGGGACCGACCCUGGAGCACCCAGGACUCGGAUUCCUCAGCCCAGAGCAGCACACACUCGGUACUGAGCAUGCUCCACAACCCACUGGGCAGCGUCCUGGGGAAACCCCCCUUGAGCUUCCUGCCUCUGGACCCCCUUGGAUCUGACUUGGUGGAUAAGUUUCCAGCACCGUCAGUUAGAGGAUCCCGCCUGGACACCCGGCCCAUCUUGGACUCCCGUUCUAGCAGCCCCUCUGACUCAGACACCAGUGGCUUCAGUUCGGGAUCAGAUCAUCUCUCGGACUUGAUUUCAAGCCUUCGCAUUUCCCCUCCCCUGCCCUUCCUGUCUCUGACGGGGGGUGGUCCCAGAGACCCUUUAAAGAUGGGGGUUGGGUCCCGGAUGGACCAAGAGCAAGCUGCUCUCGCUGCGGUCAGCCCCUCCCCAACCAGUGCAUCCAAGAGAUGGCCAGGAGCUUCUGUGUGGCCGUCCUGGGACCUCCUCGAAGCCCCCAAAGACCCCUUCAGCAUCGAGAGAGAGGCCAGGCUGCACCGGCAAGCUGCAGCUGUGAAUGAAGCCACCUGUACCUGGAGUGGCCAGCUUCCUCCCCGGAACUACAAGAACCCCAUCUACUCUUGCAAGGUGUUCCUAGGAGGCGUUCCUUGGGAUAUUACGGAAGCUGGAUUGGUUAACACCUUCCGUGUUUUUGGCUCUCUGAGUGUGGAGUGGCCUGGUAAGGAUGGCAAGCACCCCCGGUGUCCUCCCAAAGGUAAUAUGCCUAAAGGGUAUGUGUAUCUGGUCUUCGAACUAGAGAAGUCUGUCCGGGCCUUGCUUCAGGCUUGCUCUCAUGACCCGCUGAGCCCAGAUGGUCUGAGCGAAUAUUAUUUCAAGAUGUCCAGCCGGAGGAUGCGCUGCAAGGAGGUGCAGGUGAUCCCCUGGGUCUUGGCUGACAGCAACUUUGUCCGGAGCCCCUCGCAGAGACUCGACCCCAGCAGGACGGUGUUUGUCGGUGCUCUGCAUGGGAUGCUCAACGCCGAGGCCCUGGCGGCCAUCUUGAACGACCUAUUUGGUGGAGUGGUGUACGCUGGGAUUGACACAGAUAAGCACAAGUAUCCCAUUGGGUCUGGUCGUGUGACUUUCAAUAACCAACGUAGUUACCUGAAAGCGGUCAGCGCUGCUUUUGUGGAGAUCAAAACCACCAAGUUCACCAAGAAGGUUCAGAUUGACCCCUACCUAGAAGAUUCUCUGUGUCAUAUCUGCAGUUCUCAGCCUGGUCCCUUCUUCUGUCGAGAUCAGGUGUGCUUCAAAUACUUCUGCCGGAGCUGCUGGCACUGGCGGCACAGCAUGGAGGGCCUGCGCCACCACAGCCCCCUGAUGCGGAACCAGAAGAACCGAGAUGCCAGCUAGAGGGCCUGGCCGUGCCCGGUGGCCUGUGGCGCCCAAGGCUGGCAGGUCAGGCAGCCGCCUGCACCGUCCUGCCCCUGGCGACCAGGGAGCUGGCUUCCCAAGGACAAGGGAAAAUCGUAGUCACCUUUGCACUUGCUGAAUCUGUCUUUGUUUCUGCACUAAUUAAUGCACAAUGAGUUCUGUCGGGUUUUGUUUUCAGGGGGUGCGCCAGGGCAAGGACGUUCUGGCUCACCCUCCAAGCGACUCUGUAGUUUUCCCAGAUUUUAGUUUCUCAUUUUGCCGAUGAAAAGCAAAAAAGAACUACGUGUCCGGAAGGUAUUGACACGAUGCCUACAUCUAGGUUUAUUUAUUAAAAGCGCUUUUUUACAUUCCUUGCAAUACUGAUGGUGGUGAUGCGCAGGUCUCGUUGGUUUCAUUCUCGCAGUUGCCAUACAGUGCCUUUCCAUUUAUUUAACCCCCACCUGAACGGCAUAAACUGAGUGUUCAGCUGGUGUUUUUUACUGUAAACAACAAGGAGACUUUGCUCUUCAUUUAAACCAAAAUCAUAUUUCAUAUUUUACGCUCGAGGGUUUUUACCGGUUCCUUUUUACACUCCUUAAAACAGUUUUUAAGUCGUUUGGAACAAGAGAUUUUUUUUCUUUCCUGGCAGCUUUUAACAUUAUAGCAAAUUUGUGUCUGGGGGACUGCUGGUCACUGUUUCUCACAGUUGCAAAUCAAGGCAUUUGCAACCAAGAAUAAAACAUUUUUUUUUGGAUUUGAAAAAACUGGACCGGAUAAACGGUAUUUGAGCGGCUGCUGUAUAUAGUUUUAAAUGGUUUAUUGCACCUUCCUAAGUUGCACUUAUGUGGGGGGAGGGUUGAUAGAAGUUUUUAAUCACAAAGUCACAGGACUUUUUUCUUUUGUAACUGAGCUAAAAAAGGGCUGCUUUUUGGUGGGGGCAGAUGAAGGCUCACAGGAGCCCUUUCUCUCAGAGGGGACAAGUACCCUUCCCUUAUUUCUUUUAUUUGAGAAGUGUAUGAAGCAAC